AGAACUAUUUAGAACAUCACAGUGAAGAUUUAGAAUCCAGAGUGCAUUCAAAUAAUUUUGAAGUUUUAGAUUUGGUGUAGAGUUUUCAACACAAAAACAACAUGGCUUCAACAGAAUAUGUCGUUGCUUUUAUCAUCACUCUCAGAUUGUUGUGUUGCUAUUGUACACCAAUUAGUAAUGUUUAUGGAAACUUAUCAAACAAUACUGCACAAUAUGAGAUUUAUAAUGCCUCAUUAUCAAGUCACGAAACAGUUGAGAAGUUGGUUCACCGUGGUUUCAUGGAAGACGCCAGCAGUAGCGAAACGUCUAUACGAACCGAUAUCAAGCGGAGUGCAGUGACCGAAUCGAACGAUAGGAAAUUGGAAUCUAAUUUCCUGGUUCAUUCUUCGGAGGAAAACGACAUGGAAUUGGCCGAAUCACAUCUUUUCCGACCAGUUUUCCGAUUUAAAUCGCAAUAUGCUGAACGGAGACGAGUACGACAAAUACAGCAGUCAACGUUACCUGCGAACAGUAGUAGUUAAAGUGAGAAAGUGUUACAUUUUGGAAAAUUUUCAUUGGAUCUCAUACUAUUUAUGUAACAACACAUGAUGGAAAUAAUCCAAUAAAUGGAAAGAUAUAAUUAAA